AUGGCCAAAGUAGAACACCUUCCAGUCAGGCCGCAUCCGCUUGGCUGGGAUGCCAUGAAAGAUCACUGGUGGCAGUAUGUAUUCAUCGGAGUGUUACUAUUAACAAUAACUAUUGGCACGACAUCAAUCAUAUACUCUGGGAUAAGGAGACUUGUGAUGUACUACAAGUCGAGACCACCUUCGAACAAGUUACCUGCAAAUGUUGUAUCUCGUUUGGACAAGCUCGCCAACCACAAGCUUAAUUUGGUCCACACCCACCGGCACAAGGAAAAGCCCAAAAGCUUCGGCGUAUACUUGGGUAGCUUCGAAGACCCGCCUACCACCGCCCAAGAGUCACUUUUGCGAGAAUGGGAUGCUUUGAUUGUGGAUCCCUUUCAGGCAGGUGUCGCCAAAGCUAUUGCCAGACAUCAGCGCACUCAAGUUUUUGGUCGUAUCGAUUUCGCAAAGAUUCUCCCCCCUAAGGCAUCAGCGUUGACCAUGGUCGAGAAGGUGGAGGAAACUCUCACUAGCAGUUUCCAUGGGUCCACAUUCUCUGGUAUCCUUCUCGCAAACUGGGAAGAAAUCCUCCGUCCUACCGCUCGGAGAAAGCUGUUGGAGGCCAUCAGCAGUCUCGGGCUCACAGUCUAUCUCGAGACAGAACCACCACAUUUUCUGAAAGAUCGGAAAGCCGUGCAGAGUGAGGCAGUCGCCGGUCUGGUCAUUCGUAAUGCGAGCAUCAUGUCUUCGGGAGAAAAGCGAGAUUACUUCCAAAUGGCGGAGCUACAGGCAACAAUCAAGGCGUUCGUUUCAGAAUCUUGCAUGAGAGACUUUGUCGUGAUGGCCUGGGAAACUACCGACAACAAUGUCACUGUGCCAAACGCUAUAGUCCGCCGAUCCAUCCAAUGGUGUGGCUUUUACAGUGCAAUCACCUGGAUCGGUUCGGAAGCCGCUCUUUACGAUGCGGAGCUGAAUAUCACGACUCUGGAGCCUCUCCCUGCCUUUGGCUGGUUGAAAGAGGCUGAAAUCAUGAAGGCACAUGAUGCCUGGCGAUUCAACUCGAAUAUCAUGCCCACCCCUGAUAAAAAAGCCGGCUGGGACAUUCUCAAGCCAGUUUUCCCUGUUGUCAAGGCUUUGCUUGACUCGUCGGAAUACGACUCCAGAGCCCCUGUUAGCCCGACUUAUCGACUGCGUGAUCCUCCGGAAUGGGUUGCACAAGUCAAAUCGCAAGGCAGUCCGCUCUCGAUCUCCAUGUCAGGAAUGGCCUAUAACUCUCUUGGUUGCUUCCCACUUGGGUCGGACGCCAAUCCGCUAGCCUUUGCUGAAAUUGUCCAAUCUCAACAGCGUCUGAAAUCCCUCAAUCUUCUUCACCCCGUUCCCGCGACCAAGAUACAGAGCAUGGGACUUCUUUUGCGUCAAUUCCAUGACUCACUGGAUCUCUCCGAGGAUGACGAUCACUUAGCCAGCUCCAUCAAAGAGCUUGCACACUGGGCAUCGAACGAUUUGUUACAUGUGAAUCUUGCUCUAGACUCCGGCUUGCGCAAAACCUCCGACUGCCGAUUCUGGGCUGUCUUCGAUAUGGAAGGUGAAGGCAUUGAGAUCUUCGUAUCAAAGAAUGCGCAAGGCCUGGCUGGAACUAUUCUUCACACUUAUCUAUCGGCUAAGGGAUUCCCCAGGCAUGUUUGCUUUGAAGCUGAGGCAACUUUCGCGACGUGGUCUCAGGACGUUUCCAAGGAUACUGGCCUCCCUCGUCGGUUAAUUCAAGAUAUCGAUGUUCUCAGCCCUGAGGAACGUCUCCUUCUCCUGCAACACCUAUCCCUGACGGAUGCCCACAGCGAUAUUUCUGAAGCCAUUUGCAUGUACAUCCGCAAACAACUCGUGAAUGGCCCUUCUUUUUCCCAGUUGAAAGCUUUAAACACCGUGGGUUACCUCGAGAAGUCUACGUCUGCCGAAGAUCUGAUCAGAUCUCGCAUCAACUGGUACUUGGAUCAAGGGUGCAGUUACCCGUCUCUCGAUGUUUGCCUUGACCUCUUCCAUCAAGCCGACAGCGUACUCUCUGAUGUCUUGCGAUAUCGUCGCGAAGAUGAGCUCGCUGCCAUCACGAGUGGUCUCUGUGCACUCCUCCAGGGUGGCGCCGUUGACGCGUAUGUGGAUAUGAUGGCACUUGCGCUGUUCUGCGCCGCCAGAAAGGGUGCAUUUGAGGAGAUUUACGCAGAAGUCACUGAUCGAAACCCUCUGUUCAACAAUCAUUCCGAUCAGGCUGCCGCCUUCGCAGAGUCAUUUGCCCUUGGAUCCCGAUGCGAAGCCUACUUCGACGUAUCGCCCAGUGUUUUCGGAAAGCUGUUGUCCGACCGGUUUAGAGCCUACUAUGGAGAACACCAGCCGCCUAACUGGGUCAACGGUGCUCCGCAGCUUGCGACAUCUUAUGCUGGAGCUCAAAUUGAUGUCAAUCCCGAUGACCAACCCAAGGCUAUGCGCGGAUACCAGCGAUUCACUUUCAUGAGUGUCUUCGCCAUUCCGGCUUUGAUUGAUAUUGUCCUGCUUACCAUGAUCGGUCGCGGGCUUUAUCUUUCUGCUGCCAUGACCCACGCUGAGCAGGAUAGUGCAACUAUGGCGCUGAUGAUCUCUCUCCUGCUUUCUGGUGCGAUCGGUACAUGGAUCGCUUGCGGUGGCCCUUACUACCUCAUCUCGAUGGCUUUUGCUGCAGCGAAUAUGUUCGUUCUCAUUCGCCUGAUCGCCGGUAUUGCCUUCACUGUUGCCGGUGGCUUGAUUGGUUUCGUUGCCAUUUCUAGCGUUCGAGGCCCUCGCGCUGGUAUCAUCUUCUACCUCUACCUGAUCGCCCUGACCAUCUACUUCUCGACUUUUGCCUCGCUUGCAAGCUUCAGUUACCCCGGAUCCACGUUUUUGUCCGGUCGGAAGCCGAUCAUAAUGUGCAUUCCAAUCCUUUUCUUGGGGCCAAUCAUCACAGCCUGGACUGGCAAUGACUCCGCCGUCUACCUCGCCGUGAUCUAUCUCUUCAUUGGUAUUCUCUUGCUCUGCCUUCGGUCGGUCACUUCCAAAUGGGUCACUUGGUACCAAUCCAUGCGACGCACCGAUGAUACUGAGAUUCGCAAGUGGUACAUUACCGCCUAUGGAAACAAUGACGAGAAGGUAUUUGCGAACCUGAGCGACCCAGCUGCUCUUAAGCUGGCAAGAGAGGCCCUCUCAAAGGACGUCUUGGCUGAGACGAAGCGCGGCAUAUUUUCCAGGGCAUCCAAAGACAAGAUGGUCGUCGAGCUUGCCCGGGACUGGGAGUCCACCAAUUUCCUUCUCGACUGGUACUGUCGACAUGCAGAUGUUCCAAGGCCGAUUCCGUUCAGUUCUGGCUGGAACAUCCAAACAAAGGUUGCACUCGACACCCUGCGUAACUCCCAGAAAGGUCUCCGUCUGCACAAUGCCUUCGUCCACUGGCGUCAGUCGAGCAAGGAAAUUGGAUGCGGCGUUCUCUACUUUGUGCUUGCUCUUCUCGACAAAUGGGCACAGCUUCUGAGUGGCGGUAAGAAUCUCGGUCUCGCUGCCGGGUCGAACUCCAGUCUCUCUCGGGGGGUAAACGACGCCAAUCGAAUGGCUGUUGGCUUUGCCCUUGCGUACUACCUGAUCGGAGCCGUGCUCAUUGAUACCAAGGCCCAGGAGCUCCACGAGGCUCUUGGUAGCCAGGCUCCUAUAUCUGUUACAACCGCAAAAGAAAUUCGCAUUGCCCAGAAAAAGGAGGUGCAGCUCCGCCGAAAGGUAUACUGGCGAGUGCUCGGCAGAUUCCUACUGUGGCACGUCUGGAGUCUUGCGCUUGCCACUGCUCUCAUAUGGACCUUCCAAUCCUCGGUCGAAGGCAUGGCCGUCUUCUUCUCGUACGUUCUCGCCUACACUGGCUUGAUUUGGUAUCAAUACACAAAGAUCUUCACAGGUCCUCACGCGCUCAAGCCUCUACUUAUUGGUAUCUGCAUUGGGUUGCCGAUCGGUAUCGCCCUGACGGUCUGUCUACCGCGUGAUUUCUUGUACUCUCAGGUCAUUGGACUUGGCUCUGCCACUUGGACUGUUGCCAUUCUCGCGCUGUGGAAUGCUAAAAUGGGUAUGCCAAACAAGGUGGACUCUCCAGUCGAACUCGGCCGGACCUUCCAUGCGUUCACCACGCCCUGGUCGGAUCCCGAAUGGUCUCAGCAGGAGCUUCAGACUUUCUUCGAAAGCUACUCGCUCCUUCCUUCCGAUUCCCGGUUCAAGCUAAACCCCAAUGUUCAUCCUGGAGUUGAGAUCAAGAGUGCCAUGAUGUCUCGCAGGGAAGAGCUUCGAAUCGAAGAGGCCUUCCCUGGCUCUAAGGACAUUGUCAAGACUGCUAUUUCCGCGUGGGAAAAGGGUGAUAUUGUCAUUGAGCUCGUUUCUCCUGGUUCCCUUGGUCCUGGCAAUCGUGCUCUCAGUUGCACCACUGAAGGAAAAUUAAAGCUCGCGAUCACCGUUGGAGGACUCCUGGAUGAGCGUCUCGACAUCAGCGCAAAUUGUCAGAUCAUUGCUGAAACCUUGCUUCAUGCUGUCACGGAGCUGAUGAUGGGCGUGCCUCACGAAUAUGCAUCAUUGGCUGGAUCAAUCGUCUCUGGUGGAGUCACUCACACAAUGGCUCGACAGCUUCGCGAGGAGGCCAACACAACCACAGUCGUCCGUUGGGCUAAAAAGGAACUUCUCCGACAGCUUUGCCUCGGCUUUGAGGCCGAUAUUCAUUGGGACAAGCUUCCAAGCGAAGUACGUGAGGUGCUACUGAAGCGUUGCUUGGGUCAACAGUGCAGCCUCUCCAAUAGCCAACGUCAAUGGCUUCAGCAGAGUCUUUGCACGUUCGAUACUGAUGACCUCGACGUUCAUGUUGCCCGUUGUAAUCUUGGCGCAGCCACUGCCAUCAGCGUUCUCGAUUAUGCUCACUGGGGCACUGGAGAAGCUGCUCUUCCCAAAGAGCCGGAAACUUCGAAGUACAUUUCCUACAUUCCGCGGAAGCUUCCACUCGCGCUGUCGCUAGUUCGAUCACCUGCGGCUUACAUCUACCACAAAAUGGGCACAAUCGUCAAGUUCUUUGUUGUGGCUUUAGUCGCAGAUCCGGAAUUCCAGCGAGAGUUCAAUUUUGUCACUCAGGACCUUCCCACCGUGGUUCGUGUGCCGGUCGUCUUCUUGUUCAAUAUGGUCUGGGUGUAUUCCAAGCUUGUCCAAGACUUCAUUCUGUCAUUCUUCCUCUUCAAUGGUCGGCAGAAUGUCAAACGGCUCUGGGAGGAGACCAAGGGCAUGACAAUCCACAUCAAGAAGAGCCGUGUUCUUAUCAAGGGUCUGGAAGGCACCUUCACAGCCUUCAGACAUCACGAGAUUGAUGGCGGCUUCAAGAUUUACCACUAUGCCGGCGAGCACAAAACCGAGCCCAGGGAGGUCAACUCCCUGAAGUACGUCAGCACCUAUUCGGGUGAGAUGUUGCUUCUGGUCAAGCAGGAGUUCAAGGAUGGCAAAGUCACCAACGAAUAUCACUACGACUACCGAUCCCCAUCUAAGAAGGGCUUCAAACUGAGCAAAUCCUCUUCUCGCAUUCCACUCGGACGUCGUUGCGUGUCAGGCGCGAAUCACCUCCAAAGUGUCCAGUACAAUCGCAAAGGUCUGAUCGAAUCCGGCUCAUACAUGAAGGACGGCAAUCUGAUCCGCUUCAAAUACCACUAUCGCAAGAACCCCCGUUUCGGCGAUGAGUUGCUACGAGCCGAGUUCGUGCUGUCCCACAUCAGCUGCACAGUGUCUUGGUGUGCGCCUCCGCGUCGCCACCCCGAAAAGGUCGAGCGCUGGAUCCCUCACUCCAAAGUCACCGAGGCCAGCUUUGUCCAGGGCGCCGAUGUCUACGAAAGUCGCUGGCUGUAUGAUCACAAGUUCCACCCCACCAUUUUCACCACCAUCAACGGGCAGAAGGUCCAGACUCCGCCCAUGAUUGAGAACGAUUUCCUCGGUGUCCUUGCCAAGCCGAAGUAUACCAGCUUCGUGCAUGACAAUCCCUUUUUCUACUGCGACAGCCUCCAGUCAAAUCUGUUCACGCGUACACUCGGACUGACGAAGAAGCGCUUUGUGGUGUCUACUUCCCGGGCUCGCUCCCUGAUGUGGGCAGCCUGGAAGGAUCGUGUUGAUUUCGAUGCAAUCAUUGUUCGCUGGAUGGAUGACCGCAUCCUGCGCAGAGAUAGAGUUCUUACACCUUACUGGCGCAGUCGUGACUGGGGCAACCUUGGGGCUGCGAAGAAGUAUAUGGAUCUCCGCGCUGAUGCGAUCAUGGCCAGUGCCGAUCUGGACGAUAACAUCUCCAGCUGGACGCCGCUCGCUGUCAAGAUCACUGAUCUGCUCAACUUCGGCCCUGGUGGCGAUGCCGUUGUCAACACUCGCUCCAAGGACUUUGGCCUCGACACUGGCAAGACUCUGCAUGUCAUGGCCGCCGAUAACGGUACUUGGCCCAACGAGGGUGGUGGUGUCUCCGCCUGUCGACGAGACAUGAUCAACUCUCUGCGAACCAUCAAAUGGCACAUGAUCUGCGAGUCUGCAAAUGACUUUGGUGUCCCCAAACACCAGACCGAACAGAAUAUUCAGUCGCUCAAGCUCAUCCCGCUUUGGGGUAUGGACUUCCUCACUCCCACUCACGGUUUGUUCCAGAACAAGCUCGAUGCUGAGGUAGACAAUGUUACAUCCGCGAGCGAAUUCGACAUCAAGAUGAACUUCAUUCCGAUUUUGACUGCUUUGGUGAAAGGCGCUCGUGCAGUGCAUCUCUCGAAGGCUGACAUCCACCAGGCGACACGAGCAUUGGUGAACCUGAACACAUACUUCCAGGAGUCCCGUCAUUGGACGCAAGUCUGGAACAGUGACUUGGUGAAGCACAGCUGGCGAGAGCUGUGGUUGACGCAAGAGAUGUCAAACACCAUCCCAUCAUCGGACUGGUUCGACACCGAGCUCCCCACCUUGGCCUCACUUGACGUUGCCUUGGAGCUCUGGUAUCGCUAUCUCUUCAUCUUCUCAAUCCCGGUUCCCGAGAAAAUCCCCUCCACUUUCCAAGCCUCCCACCACAGUGUCAGUGCCUCUUACGGCGUCGUUUGCAAGAUCAAGCGCAACUGUACCUUGCAGAUUUGGGACCACGCUAUCAGUUGGCGUGAGACCAAUCUCUGUCUGUCGUCCGCCCUGUGCAAGCUCUCUCCUUUCGUCCGGAACGCGCUUCUUGGAUUAAUGCGCAUCACCUCUGUCCUGACCCUUCAUCACGCAGACAUCAUCCUCCCCUGUGCAGACUUCUUCAACCCCGGCUGGGAGGUCGAGAUCGGUACUUGCCAAGGUACAAUUGAGCACCGAAACACCUUCCGCCGGAAGAUCGACCCCGUCGUCAACGGCAUCACCGACAUGCAGAAGUUCGCUCCAGUCAAGGAAAUCAAAUCCGAGCGUCCAACAGUAACCAUGUUGUCCCACGUCUGGUACGCCAAAGACAUCAAAACCGCCCUUCUCGCCGCCGACAUCAUCAUCAACCAGUGGAAGUUCGACGAAUACCACCUGGACAUUUACGGCGCCAUCGACAAAGCCCCAACCUACUCAACCGAAUGUCAAGAAAUCAUCGCCUCAAAGGGUCUCCGCGGCAAAGUCACCCUCCGCGGCACCGCCGACCCAAUGAAAGUCCUCGAAAACACCUGGCUCUUCCUAAAUUCCUCCCUCUCCGAAGGUCUCCCCCUCGCCCUCGGCGAAGCCGCCCUAACCGGCGCUCCAGUCGUCUGCACCGACGUCGGCGCCUCCCUCCGCGUCCUCAGCGACCCGGACGACUUCUCCCGCUUCAGCGCCGUCGUAGCCCCCAACGACGCGCUCGCUCUCGCAAAAGCCCAGAUCGGCAUGCUAGCCAUGCUCGGCGAAUGGAGCAAACACGCCGAUGACACAGCCCCCGCACCGGUUCUCACUUCCUCUCCGAAUGCCGCGGAGGUAGCUGCCAUCACGCGUCGCAUGUACGAGAAGAGCGAACAUCGCCGCAAACUCGGCAUGAUGACGCGAAAGAUCGUGCAGAAGUCUUUCAGCGGUGAUCGGUAUCUGCGCGAGCACGAGCAGAUGCUGUGGAUCGGCAAGUCGGCCAAGAUGAUGGCCAGUCGCGCCGCGGGUGAGCCGAUCGAGCCGGCGGAUGUCGCGGCUGCCAUUGAGUCAGGCCCUGAUGAGGAGAUUAUCACCAUCCCGCGCGGUGUUGUGCAUUCAUGGCGCUCGUCUGCGCAGUCCGGUAUCUCCACGGUGUACAGCUCGACAUCCCAGUUCCCCGGUCGCGGGUAUCAGCGUCCGAUUUCGGAUUUCUCGGCUAUGAGUAUGAGCAACGUUUCGACGGAUACUGAGUCGUAUGCGAGACUGCCGGUCUUUGCGCCGAGACAUUCGGUCAUGUCGAAUAAUAGUUCGCCGGGUAGGGUGUCGCCUAUGUGGACUUCUAACCAUCGUUUGUCUGUGCUCGGUGCUCGUCCUCACUCGCAGACUCGGACUGGGUCUUACGCGCGUUCGCUCUCGACUGUUGGUCGCGAGCAGUUGCGUGGUUUACAUCGUGAAGACUUCCUUCCGUACCGGAACUCGGAUGUGAGUCUCGCGAACAGAGAGGACUUCCUUCGAGCUGGGGGAAUUUCCCCAAGUGGCUGA